AUAUAUUUAUGUGUGUGUAUAUAUAUUCUCCUUCUCUCCCAAGAGUUUCUGCAAGCGAGCUCGCAAUCCUGUAUAAUUCCCGAUUCCAAUAAAAAAUUUCGAAAAAUCGUAACCCCUUUUCCUUUUCAAGGAAGAAAGUUUAAUAACAGAAAGAAAAUGCGUUUUAUAUAUAUGAAUAUGGAUGUAAGCAUGCUUGUCUGCUGACUAACCUUGUACACUUUCUGCUGCAUCAGAGCUCAACGCCAUUGUGUAAAGCUCUCUCAUUGGUCUCCCUUUUGAUCAGUUAUACUGUACCAAAAGGGAAUUCUCAUUGUUUUUAUAAUGACUCAAGAAAUUUCCAUCGGUGGAUUGACAACAAGAAAGCAAGGUCUCUUGAAAGAUCAAGUUCGUUUAGUUAAGAGAAAAGAUUGUAGUCGCUAUGAGAUUGGCAACAUUGAAGAUGCUCUAUCAUUUGAAAAGGGUUUCUUUGUUGUAAUUCGUGCUUGUCAAUUAUUAGUCCAAAAUACCGAUGGGAUUGUACUUGUUGGAUUAGCUGGUCCUUCUGGUGCUGGAAAAACCGCGUUUAGUGAGAAAAUACUAAACUUUAUGCCAAAUGUCGCUGUCAUUUCAAUGGACAAUUACAAUGAUGGAACCCGUGUGAUUGAUGAUAACUUUGAUGAUCCUCGUUUGACUGACUAUGACACGUUGCUAAAAAACAUUUAUGAUUUGAAGGAUGGGAAAUCGGUUGAAGUUCCAGUAUAUGAUUUCAAGUCUAGUUCCCGAAAGGGUUACAGGACACUAGAAGUCCCGAGCUCUCGUAUUGUGAUAAUUGAGGGCAUUUAUGCUUUAAGCGAGAAGUUGCGUCCUUUACUGGAUCUUCGAGUAUCUGUUACAGGUGGGGUUCAUUUUGAUCUUGUAAAACGGGUUUUAAGGGACAUACAACGUGCUGGGCAGGAACCCGAAGAAAUAAUCUACCAGAUAUCUGAAACGGUUUAUCCAAUGUACAAGGCAUUUAUAGAACCGGAUCUCAAGAUGGCUCAUAUUAAAAUUGUGAAUAAGUUUAACCCCUUUACGGGAUUCCAGAGUCCAACUUAUAUUUUGAAGUCAUCAAGAAAUGUAAGUGUGGAUAAAGUGAAAUCUGUAAUGUCAGAUGAACAAACAGACACUUUGGAGGAGACUUAUGAUAUAUAUCUUCUACCACCCGGAGAAGAUCCAGAAACAUGCCAAUCGUAUUUGAGGAUGCGAAAUAGAGAAGGAAGAUAUAGUCUUAUGUUUGAGGAAUGGGUCACAGAUUCCCCCUUUGUAAUCUCUCCAAGGAUAACUUUUGAAGUUAGUGUGCGGCUUCUUGGUGGUUUAAUGGCCUUGGGAUACACAAUAGCAUCUAUCUUGAAAAGAAGUAGCCAUGUGUUUUCUGAUGAUAGAGUUUGUGUCAAAAUAGAUUGGCUCCAACAAAUUAAUCGUCACUAUGUUCAGGUGCAAGGAAGAGACCGAAUAACUGUAAGAUGCGUUGCUGAGCAAUUGGGAUUGGAAGGUUCAUAUAUUCCACGUACAUAUGUCGAGUUAAUGCAACUUGAAAAGCUUGUAAAUGAGGUCACGGUACUCCCGGAGGAACUGAAAACGAAAUUAAGCAUAGAUGAUGAAAUUUUGUCAAGUCCUAAAGAAACAAUCGCAACAACGAAUAACUUCAAUAAGAGGUACGCAAUCGAAAGCCCAAGGUUUGACGACAAGAGCACAGAGUCAACAGACACAACGACGAUCCAGGGAGCAAUUAGCCAUCUCUCAGAGCAGAUUUUUAACUUAAAUGAUCGUAUGGAUGAGUUCACAUCUCGGAUUGAUGCUCAAAGCUCACAGUUUUUUAGAACAUUUUCUGGAAACUUACAAAACACCGAGUCGUGUAAUGGAGUUGCUUCAACUUCAUGCUUCACCUCCAUUUUUACAAAUGGUUCCCCAAACGAAUCUAAGGUUUGUCAUUCUACUUCAUCCACUCACUUGGCAAAGGAUUCUCCCCUCAUCGAAGAGAUAUCGGGAAUAGUCCAAAGCCAACGUAAAAUCAUGCAUCAAUUGGACAACAUUAGCAAGCAUUUGUAUGAAGAAAUAGGAGAAAGAGUACGUAAAGACCGGAUCAUCAAGAAAAGAAAUGGACCUGAGUUUGAUGUUGUUGCGGUUUCAAUAGUAAUAGCAUUGGCCCUUGGUGGUAUUGGACUCUUUUUGUGUAAGGGGGCAUCACCGAGAACUUGAAUCUUUUAUUAUAAAUACACAACAAAUAUUGUCGAUAAAUUUCGUAUGGACCAUAAUACCCUUCUAAUAUUAGUAACUUGAUCAAUGGUUUUGAAAACGUAGUGGUGAAUUGAAGAUUUUUGGUUUCAUUGAGUUUUAUAAAAGAAGGGUGUGUUUUUUAGUGCAAC